AAAAAGGUGAAAAAACGAAAAAUUGUGAUUUGCAAUUGGCAACCGGAUAUUCGAUUUAGGGUUUAAGCAGAGAAAUCAAAAAUCUCGUUUGUCUGUUAAGAAAAACCUAAGAAAGGAAGCAGAGAAGGAAAAAUGGCCACAUAUGGCGCCGCAAGAUCCAUAUUCCGAUCAACCACUGUCCGUAGCGCCGCCUCUAAGUUUACCUCCGCUACUAAACCUGCUGCUCGUUCUCCUUUUCGCGCACCUGUUAAUAACGUCCUCUCUCAACGUAUCUUCAGGUGCCCAGCUGAAUUGAGCGCUUGUUUGGAGACAAUGCAGCCUUUUCAUACUGCAACUGCUUCGGCAUUGAUGACUUCCAUGCUUUCUCUAUCUCGCGGUAGCUAUGGAUGGGUUCCUGAUGGAUUGUAGCAGCUUAAGAAUACGUUGCUUCUGAAGAAUCUCCUAUCUACCAAAGAUUUUAAACUUCCUUUUUGUUUCGUGUUAAAAAAUCUUUUUGCAUAAAUUGAUGCUGUCUUGUAGCUUGAUAAAAUCUGAAGUGUAAUUGUUUAGCUGUUCAAUGUAGCAUCUCACUAUUGAUUGGUUUGCAAUUCAGACAUGUUCAUAUGAUGAGAAAGGCUAAUUUGUAGGCGCUUUUGUCCGUGUUCCACUGUAUGCUUUAUAUGUUUAACUUAUCAUCACACAACUUUUGUCCCGGAGUUUCCAUGUAAAUCUUGUUCUUUGAUUUAUCUGAUGGAAAACACUCUAUUCCUAUGUUCUACUUCUCUGUCUAGAUCAUUUACAGCCCAGCUGUGUCAAUUAAGUGAUCAUGUCUGUAUGUUUAUGUUGGGAUACUUUUGUCUGUAAGAAAUUUAAAUGAGCGUUUGGGUUGCGUUUUUGUUCUCACGAUUUAGAAUUCAGAUAGAUAAUCUUCAUUCGUCUGACAUUGUUUGCAAAACCUUUAAAGAAUUUCU